GGACACAAUGAGUGUGCGUCCCAAUGUAUUCUGCUCCUUCAGACACAGAUCCACACAGCAUGUGUAUAUAAACCAUGGAAGCAGCAGGAGCUUUCAUUGUGACACACUGCUCAGCUUCACAGUGUGUGUGUGACACAGGUUUGAUCCAGGGACAUGAUGGAGAGUUUAAAGACGCGGCUCGAGUUCCCCAGCCCUGUCAUACAAGCCCAGACGGUGAGAAGUCUUGUUGCAGCUGUCGUAAAGGAAAAAGGGUCAAAUGGGCAAAUCAGCUGGUCCUGUGCUCAGGGCCCAGCACUGGAAGCUUUGUGGCAGCAGUGCUGCAGUGACUGUGCUGUGGUGUGUUCAGCGUGCUGCGACACCUUGGUGUUAUUGGUGGACCAGGGCCAUGCAGACCUGGAGUACAUCCUCAAUGGUGUCCUCAACCUCCUGCCUUCUGCAAGACACACUCAAGGGUUGAUAAAAGUCAUUCGGCGAUUGUUGGAGAUGCAGGCUGACCAGAGCGAUGGACACUUCACCUGUCCGUAUUCUAUCAGGUAAGUA